GUACGUUCGUCCUUGAGCUUUAUCUAUAUACAUGUUGCUCGCAUACGGAUUCAAUAUCCUCUCCCGCAGACCCAAUCAAUGCGUGACGAAAAAGAUGACUGACUCAGAGUCAGACUCACCCAAGGCCCUCCCAUUCACUUACUGUAUAUCACACAAUUGCUACAACUGACUUUGACAAGCAAGUGCAUCUGUCUGUACUGCCCUCCCCUCCCUCUUGUGGUGGAGCAUGUUCAGGAUGCAAUCGAGAGCCCAGUGACGAAGGGGUCGAAGUGGACUUUCCGGUGGGACGACAGGCAUGGCAUGGAGCAGUAGGUGAAGCCCAGUUUCUCGUACUUAACCUGUACGACAAACAAGGGUGAAAGGCAUGCAAUCCAUACCCCUCGGCACGAGGUUAUGGAUACUGCAGCAGCGUACUUGUGUGUCAGGAUAGGCUCCCCUGCACCAGUGGCACAGGAAUGUCUGCACAGACACUUCUGCUGCUGGUGGAGGCGUCCAUGGGUAGGCCAAGAAGUCGACGGCAUUGCAGAAAGUCAUUCUGUCGAUCAUUUCAUGGCACUCAGAGUAUCGCUGCGGUACCUGCCGGCGCAACAGGGCCGGGGCAAAGCCGUACCCACACCCUCCAUACCUGCAUGGUAAGGACAUCAGCAGAGGUGACUAAAAGGAAUCUCCGGUAGGCGUGCAGCGAUGUGUGUGCUCACUUUUUCAGGUGCAUCCGCAUCAUCACGCCAGUCGACACCAUCAGCUACAGUGAAAACACGCCCAAGCGUCGAAUGGUGCUCAGCAGGAGCACCACCGCCCCCGAGUACCACCCAUCUGUACCUACCCUUCCAGCUGCAUCUUCUCUGCUGUCUGCGUCGGUCACCAAUCGCUCCAUCACACGGAGGGCGUCAUCGGGACUCCGCAGCUGCAGACAGGACAGCACACCCACAGGCGGGCCCAUCCGUGGACAUCCUCACUCACUGCACUCGUUUGCGUACCGGUGCUUUGCCAGGCCACCGCUGUUCCACGACACUAUAGUCAUAGCCACUGCACGUCAGGCCUGAAACAACCGACCAGCUCAACACGCGAGAGAAUGUCGGCUGCCUGCCCACGCCUCCCGUCGUCUUGCUUCUUACCAACGCAGCACCCUUUUCUCAGCAGCAGCUUGGCCCCCGAGAGGUCGUCGCGGUGGCGACAUGGAUUGACGACUGCUACCCGAGGCUGUGGGUUUCCCUCCCCCUCUCCGUCCUUCUUUUGAGCUUCCCAGACAGUUGUCCACAUGUGCUCAUAGUAAGGGUCCAGGGGAGGAGUCCCUUGUGGGUGACAUUGGCAGCUUUCAUGGUCGAUGACCACCAGUAUCGGCGCGCCGCCGACGCGUCCUGAAAAUUGUGCACCGGAGAAGGAUGGGAGGGGCGAGUUGCGGUCUUCACGAGUGUAGAGCUCACUUGACGCUUUGGCUGCAACGGUGAGCUGCCAUUCCUCCUGAUUUCGCACAAAACACAGCUGCCAUCAUCUAUUUGGUUGGAUGCUGGAUGCUCCUCUUUCGCAUGUACCUCCUGAGUCAAUCGUGAGGUCUUGUUCGGAAGCCUCACGUGCAGUGGGCCGAUGACUCCGGCGCACAUGUCGACCCCCUCGGCCAGACGGACUCGCAGAGCCACAUCCAACUGGAACCACACACAAACAUGAAGGGAUACGAAUACAUGUAUCAACGAAGGCUUUCUCACCUGUGCAAUGGCAGUCUCCUCAUCCGAUUCACUGCCGGCCUUUGGGGGCGGGACGGCAAUGACAAUGGGCAGACCAUCGCGACGGGAGAGCUCUGCAAUGGCCGGGGCGUCUUUGACCAAUGCAGUCAUGUCCCAAUGAGACGUGUCGACCUGUUCAACGAGCGGGAGUGCCACAACCCACGCACAUGUUGUGUGACGUGAAGUGGCAGAUCUCUUACGACGAGAGUCAUUCCGUUCUCCUUUGCUUCUCUCAGUUCCGCUGCAGCAUCCGCCUGCGUCACGUAAAGAUUCGACAAAUAGCUCAGUGGACGCUCGUGCACGGCGCUGAGGUUGCCUGAUGUGACAGAUCAGCAGCAUCAUCCAGGUUUGGUGCGGGAAUCAAAUGACUCAUGAGUCCCACCCAUUUCCAGCGAGUCACCGACGGCUCCCGCUGCCUGAAACAGACACCGAAACUCAUGAUAGCACAGAGUGUGGGCCUCGAGUUGUGUGUGCAUCCCACCGCGCAUUCACUGUGGUUGAACAGCACACCCUCGAACGGCAACACGCAUCGGGAUGAUGCCGAUGAACAAGUUCCAAGAGCAGAUGGACUUAUGGGUCCACCGCAAGUCAUAAUGAUGUCUUCGCUUGCCAUGACUGCCUGUGCUCUCUCCG